AGCAACACUUCCGGUGGUGCGGCGGUUCUCGGUCCCUUCUGGUUGGGCCGGGGCGGGCGAAAGCGGGCUUCCGGUGAAGCGUUUCCGGGUCCCUUUGUCCCAGGUGUCGCGGGUCCUGUAUGUCCCGGACCUGCUCCGCCUCCGUCCGCAGGCAAGGCGAAGCUACCGCCUAGAGAAGACGAACAACCCGAGCACCCGAAAUGGCCCAGUUCAAGCGUCAGAAGCCUCUGCGAGCUGGCAACCUGCAGGGAGCGAGGCCGUUCUCAGGGACACACCCAACCUCCUUAUUGGGACCUCCACCUGGCCUGCUAAACCCUCCUGUCUCAGCAGAUCUUAUCCAGAAUGCACGGCACCUGCAGGUGGGUGAGAAGCAGCGAGUCUUUACCGGCAUUGUCACCAGCCUGCAUGACUACUUUGGGGUGGUGGAUGAAGAGGUCUUCUUCCAAUUGAGUGUUGUGAAGGGCCGGUUACCACAGAUAGGUGAGAAAGUGCUGGUGAAAGCUGUCUACAAUCCAAGCCAAUCGGUGCCCUGGAAUGCCAUGAAAGUCCAGACAUUGUCCAAUCAGCCCCUCCUGAAGGCCCCCACCCCUCUCCUGCAUGUGGCAUCCUUGGGACAGAAACAAGGCAUCCUGGGAGCCCAACCUCAGCUGCUGUUCCAGCCUCACCGGAUCCCUCCUCUGUUUCCCCAGAAACCAAUGAGCCUCUUCCAGUCAUCCCCUUCGCUUCACCUGGGCCACCUUGGGAGAUACCCUGGUCGGGGCCCAAAGGGCAGGCAGGACUCAGGCAGAUGGGACGACUUUGAUUCGAAGAAGCGGAAACAGAAAGGCGGCGAACCGUGGGGAGUGAAAAAGCCACGCCAUGAUCCGCCACAGUACCGGGUCUACUUUGCACGCUAUGCUGUGGACAGCCCUAGUUUCUCUCUGCCUGGCUCCAGCCCCUUCUGCGAUGCCAUGGAAAUCCUGAGACGCUACUGCAGCAUCCAGUUGCCCCGGGAGUUCUAUGAGGUCCGCCUGUGCUGGCUGGACACAUUCCCGCUCACCCAGCCACUGACCCUGAGGCACCCCAGCCGCAUUCUGGUGGCUGACCCUGCGGAGGAGGUGCCCGAGACCGAGGAGGAUGCCACCCAGGAGGAUGUGCUGGAGGACACAGAUCCUGCAUUCAGUGCCAAGGUGAUGCUGCUGUCUUCCCCAGGCCUAGAGGAGUUGUAUCGCCAUUGCUUGUUAUAUAUUGAAGAGCCCAGCGAACAGAAGGAGAGUCCAGAGCACCCCACAAAGCAAAUAAAGUUCCUGCUGGGGAGGAAAGAGGAUGAAGCUGUGCUGAUUGGAGGGGAGUGGUCGCCUUCUCUGGAUGGCCUUGAGCCAGACUCUGAUCCCAUGGUUCUGGUUCGCACAGCCAUUCGCUGCACCAAGGCCCAGACUGGCCUGGACCUGAGCGCGUGCACUAAGUGGUUCCGUUUUGCUGAGUUUAGAUAUCUGCGUCAGGGAGACCCGUCACAGAGGGAGACAGUGGUGAUCUUCCUGCCAGAUGUCUGGAGCUGCAUGCCGCCUCUGGAGGAGUGGGAGGCUCUGUGCCAGCAGAAAGCAGAGAAGGCCCCUCUGCCACCCCCCUCACCGGAGGAGAAACCAGAGAUGGACGUGGAGAUCCCAGAUGCGGCCCCAGACCAGGAAAUGGAGGCCAGUGCACAGGACGUGGAUGCCACUAAUGCUGCUGCUGAGCCAGCUCCAACUCCAACUCCCACUCCCCCCCUGGAACCUGCCAUCAUCGCCCACCCCAAACCAGCAAUGCAGGGUGGGCAGCCGAGCUGCUCCAACAUCUCACUCUGCACCCUGCUGGAGUACAGGAGACGGAGGGAAAAGCUUUCAUUUGAGGUGGCGGUGGUGGCAGAGCUUUUCCAGGAGAUGCUGCAGCGAGAUUUUGGCUACAAGCUUUACAAGGCGCUGCUGGCUCUGCCAGCGAAGGAAGAGCCAUCAGAGGCAAAGAACCUGGAGUCAGAGAAGCCAGCUGAGCAUGAGAAAGUGCAGAAGGAAGAGGCCCAGGAGGAGGCAACCAGUGAGCAGGAGCCUGUGCAGACCCAUCAGGAGGAGGAAGGGGCAGAGCAGAAGCCAGCAUGCAGUGAGGGUCCCAAGGUGGCCAAAGAGGAUGAGAAGGCCAGCAAAGUGGAGCCUAAAGACUCAACUGAUGAGCUGUGCAUGCUGAGCCUGGAGGAUGACCUCUUGCUGCUGCGAGACGAUGAGGAGGAGGACUUUGGUAGGUCUGGUGCACAGCAUGGGUGGCACGUGCAUCUAGUUGGGUUGUGCAGAAAACUUGCCUUGUUUGUGUCCCCUGCAGGUGUCAAGUUAGAUGAUGCAGAGGUGAGAUCCAUUGCUUCCAACCAGUCAGAGAUGGAGUUCUCAUCGCUCCAGGACCUGCAGCCCAAGGAGCUGGACCCAAGUGCUGUGCUGCCCCUGGAUGCUCUCCUGGCCUUUAUCUACUUUGAUUUGAAUUUCUGUGGCUACCUGCACAGAAGAGACCUGGAGAAGAUCCUCAUGACACUGGGGUUACAUCUUUGCAAAGAGCAGGUGAAGCAGCUUGUGAACAGAGUAGUGACUCAGUACGUGUGCCAGUACCGGAGCCUGCACUACAACCGCCAGGACAGUGCUGACCAUGUCCCUGAGGAAGGGCUCUUGGGAAACCUCUCUUUGCUGCCUGCCUCAAACUCUGUGGCUGAGGUUUCUACUCAGCCCAAGGCAGUGGUGGAGCAUGGGGACCUGAUCUCCCACAAUGGGACUGUCCUCAAUGUGGGGAAGCUGCUGGAGAAGGCAGAGCAGACUGAGAGUAGCCGCCUGUACCUGGAGAGCAAAAUCCACACUCUGGAGGUCAAGCUGGAGGAAGCCCAGACCCGUUACUCAGCGACAGAGUCAUCAAACAAGGUGUUGACCACUGAGCUGCAGGCUGUACAGAAGCAGCUAGCUGAUACGGAGGAGCAGGUGAAAUUGGCAGAGAGGCAGAAAUCCCACUUCCAAAGGCUGCUGCAGGAGAACAAAAAGCGCCUUGUUCCACUGCAGCUGGAGAUCCAGAAGAUCAUUGAGAAGACUAAUAACUGCUUAGAGAAGAAGGAGGAGGAACCAUCAUCUAGCAACUGACACCUGUGGAUCCCUGAAGCUAUAGCGUGCCAGGAGAGAGCAGAGUCUGUGCCCUGUCAUGAGCGUAGACUAAAUGGCAAGGUCAGUGAGGGGCAUAGAUGCUGAGGAACUAAGAACCCUUUCACUGCCUGAGGGAGACUUGAGCUGGAUUCCCAUUAUGGGGGAACAGGACAGUGUUUUCACAGCCUAGUGUGUGCCAGUGACAGCCAAGGUUGUCAAAAAAAAGGCCUUUGGUAAGUGAUGGCUGUGAGCGCUACUGCCCAUGCCUCCCCUUUACAAUAAACACACAAGGGUCUUAAGAUGAAGGUCUGCCAUCUGCACUUUGUGGUGCUUUAGACAACAAAUGUGGUAACAACUUGUAUUUAAUGGGAAAGGUUUAAAAAAAAAUCUCUCUUCUUCACUUGUCUGUGGCUAUUUUUGUCUCUUGUUUUCCCACUGAGAUGACUUUGUAUAAUUUUUUUUUAAUUCUUAAUAAAUAGUUGUGUGCUACAGGAAAA